UCGAAAGUAAAUACAGUUUUCCUAUCUUCAGUUUCUCUCUUCUCUUCUCAUCCCUUCUAAAACUCUAUUUCCCAUCUCACCUCUCUUCUUGAUUCUUUUCUCAUCUCUAUCUCUUGAUUCUUUGUGGAUUGUUGAUUGGGUUAUAUCAUUUGGUAUCAGAGCAUCCAUUCUCUAACCUGUGGCUAUGGCGGGUAACACCAUAUCUCAAGAACAAGCGAAAUUCGAAGCCGAGAUCAAGGGAUUGAUCUCAAACACCCAGAGGGAUCUUCUUGAAUUGCAGUGACGCACAGAGGAGCAAUUCAGGAAGAAUGACGAGUAGUUGGUGGCCAUACGGAAAGAAAGAAAAGAGCAAUUUGAGUCUUUGUCCAAGAUGAUGUUGCAAGUUAUGGGUCGAAUGGGGGUUUCCCAUGGUGAUAGCGGCACUCUGAUGAUGUCGGCGAUGGGGGUAAAUAAUGGGAUCCUAAGAGGAAGCUGUGACAAUCCCAUGGGAGAGGCCUUGCACUGGUUGCAAGCCUACAUGAAAGGGAGAAUUGAGUGGCCUGCUUGGGAGGAAUUUUGCAUGGCUAUUUGUGUUAGAUUUGGGGUAGCUUCUAACAUGAAGCUUGUGGCAAAAUGGAGGAAUGUAGUGCAAAUGGGUACUCUCUUAGAGUAUCAACGAGACUUUGUAAAAAUAAAGGCUAAGGUCGCUUGCUCUGAAGAGUUUGCUGUUGAGAUGUUCAUUGGAGAAGAGGUGGAUAUUGCUGAGGUACAAGAUAACCAGGGUGAGAGAUUAGAGGUACAACAAUUGCAUCUAUGGCAACAAGACAUGCCACAAUUAUCUUUGCAUGCUUUGACGGGUGAGUUGGCCUAUCAGAUGCUUAAGGUGAUUAGAAUAGUGGGCAAAAGGUCACUAAUGAUUUUGAUAGACUUUGGGACUACACACAAUUUCUUAGACUCCAAAUUAGCACAAGAAUUGGGGUGUAAGUUAGAGGAUGUAAAACAGUUCCAAGUUUCAAUGGCUAAUGAUAGUCAAUUAUCUGGUUCAAGGAGAGUUGCUGACUUCACUUGGAAAAUGAAAGGGUUGGAAUUUCAAUUGGAGAUGCUCUUGUUGCCAUUGGGUGAGUACGAUGUGAUUCUUGGAAUCCAAUGGUUAAAACCCUUGGGAAAGGUUCUAUGGGAUUUUCAGAGCAAGACCCUUGGUUUCACGUACAAGGAGAAACCUAUGGUGCUACAUGCUCCCCCUAAACCCCAGAUCAAGUGGGAAGCAUGUGGAGUUCAGUUAUCUAGAGCUGAAACAAAGGAUGAUCCACAUUUAAGACAAUUGUUGGAAAUCUAUUUUGAUGUUUUUGAGGAACCCAAAGAACUGCCACCUCACAAAGUUCAAGACCAUAGUAUUCCUUUGAAAGGGGGUAUUGACCCUAUCAAUGUUCGACCUUAUAGAUAUCCUAAUAGACAGAAACAAGUCAUGGAGCAAUUAGUUCAAGAGAUGCUCCAAAGAGGGGUUAUAAGAAGAAGCACCAGUCCCUUUUCUUCUCCAAUGGUUUUGGUCAAGAAAAAAGAUGGCACUUGGCGCAUGUGUGUGGACUACAAGGAAUUGAAUAAGACCACCAUCAAUGACAAAUUCCCAAUGUUAGUUAUUGAAGAACUCCAAGAUGAGUUGCAUGGAGUUGCCUUUUUCUCAAGAAUUGAUCUAAGGGCAGGUUAUCAUCAAAUUUGGAUGAAGGAAGAAGAUGUAUGUAAGAUGGCAUUUAGAACACAUCAUGGCCACUUCGAGUUUUGGGUAAUGACUUUCGAGCUCUCCAAUGCCCCUUCAACCUACCAAGCUGUUAUGAAUGAAAUGCUAGAACCAUAUUUGAGGAAGUUUGUUCUAGCAUUUUUUGAUGAUAUAUUGAUGUAUAGUAGAUCCUGGGAAAAGCAUUUGCAGCACUUGAAUCUCAUACUAUCUGUUUUGAGGCAGCACCAAUUUUUUGCUAAGCAUAGCAAGUGUUCAUUUGGUGUGCAACAGAUUGAGUGUUUGGGGCACAUAAUCUUCGCCCAAGGGGUUGCUACUGAUCCACAAAAGAAGAUUCAUUCAACAUUAUGGCAUCAUUGCAAACCUCUAAUGGUGCUACUGCAAAAAGACAACUUCAAAUGGUCUACAAUGGCACAAGCUGCUUUUUUGAGGUUGAAGGAAGCUAUGGUUAAGGCACAUGUUCUUGCACUUCCAAACUUCAAAGAAGAAUUUGUUAUUGAAACUGAUGCUUUAGGUUUUGGUAUAGGGGCAGUCUUAAUGCAAAAAGGUCAUCCUAUUACACUUCUCAGUAAGGCUUUGGCUCCUGCCCACCAAGGCUUAUCUACAUAUGAAAAAGAGCUAAUGGCUGUGGUAAUGGCUAUUGACAAGUGGAGACAAUACUUGAUUGUGAGGCAAGUGGAGACAAUACUUGAUUGUAAGGAGAAUACUGUGGCAGAUGCUUUAUCUAGAGUGCCAAGUACUCAUAUUACUUCUAUGGCCAUUUCUACUAUUGACACUUCCUUAUUUUUUGAGAUACAACAGUCUUGGCAAGUUGAUGAGCCAUUGCCUAUUCCGGAUAAAGUGUGGGAAGAUAUUUCUAUGGAUUUUAUUGAAGGCCUUCCUCUAUCCCAGGGAAGGACAAUCAUUAUGGUUGUGGUUGAUCAAUUAAGCAAAAUUACUUUGAGGAUGUCAUCUGCUUAUCACCCUCAAACAAAUGGCCAGACUGAGGUAGUCAAUCAUUGCUUGGAGACUUAUCUUCGAUGUAUGUGUGGACUAAGGCCUAAGGAGUGGGUUCAGUGGCUACCAUUGGCUGAGUGGUGCUUCACCGCAAAGACCCUUGUUUUUGCUGGCCAAAACUACACAAUUUGGGCAGUGAAGAUGAAAGCAUAUCUAAGGGCUUUCGAACUUUGGGAAGUGGUUGAGACAGACCGGCAACUAGCUCCUCUUCCUCCAAAUGCUACUCUUGCUCAAAUUAAGAGACACUUAGAGGAGGUGGCAAAGAGAUGCAAAGCCUUGACUUGCCUUCACUUAGCAGUGACCGAUGAAAUUUUCAACAGAAUCAUGACUUGUGAGACAGCUAAAGAGGCCUGGGACAAGCUGAAAGUGGAGUUCCAAGGUGAUAACAAGGCAAGACAAAUGGAGGUUCUCAAUCUGAAAAGAGAGUUCGCGCUCAUUAGAAUGAAGGAUACAGAGACGGUGAAGGAGUUCUUCGACCGACUGACGAAGGUGGUGAACAAGAUAAGAUUGCAAGGGGAAGAACUGUUUGAUAAGGCAGUAGUUGAGAAGGUUUUGGUGAGUCUAUCGGAGAAAUUUGAGCACAACAUCUCAUCCUUGGAGGAUUCCAAAUAUCUGUCUCAAUUCUCCUUGAAUGACUUAGUUAAUGCUUUGCAAGCUGUGGAGCAAAGAAAGACUUUGAGGCUCGAAAACAAUGUUGAAGGAGCAUAUUUGGCAACUGACAGAGAAAAAGCAACAGCCAAAGAUGAUGAAAACAAGCAGUUCGGUGAUAAAAGAAACAGAGAAAAAAAGGGUUAUCAAAGUGGGAGGUACAAAAACAAGAAACAAAGCUUUGCACCUUGUUCCCAUUGUAAGAAGAAGAACCACUCAGAAAAUUACUGUUGGUUCAGACCUGGAAUUCAGUGCAGAUCGUACAAGCUUUUUGGACAUAUUGAGAAAGUUAGCAACUUGAAGGGUGGAAAAACUCAGCAAGCCCAAGUUGCUGAAAUCACUGAACAAAUGGAAGAGAAGCUAUUUAUGGCUUCUAGUGUUGAGGCAUGUUGCUUAGCAAGAUUGAGUCCAAGCACUUGGCUGAUUGAUAGUUGUUGCACAAACCACAUGACAAAUGACUUGGCCAUUUUCAAGAGUCUGGACAAGAACUAUUCUUCAAGAGUGAGACUAGGAAAUGGAGAUGUUAAGGAAGUCAAGGGCAAACGAGUUGUUGGUGUGCAAACUCCAGCAGGUACAAAGUUAAUUUAUGAUGUGCUUUAUGUGCUUGAUAUAAGUCAGAAUCUUAUUAGUGUUGGUCAGUUGCUUGAGAACAAAUUUGCACUGCAUUUUCAUGAUAACAUGUGUGAUGUGGUUGAUGAAUCUAGUGUUAUACUAUUUUCUGUUAAAAUGAGUGAUAGAAACUUCCCAGUUGAGUGGAAAAACACUAAAAUUCUAGCAGGCAGCAGUAUAGUUAAUAACUCAAGUCUAUGGCAUAAAAGAUUUGGGCAUUAUAACUAUACAUCUUUGAAAGAAAUGCAUAGCAAGAAUAUGGUGAUAGAUAUGCCUGUUGUGAAUGAAGAUUCUGGUGUAUGUGUAGUAUGUCAGUUAGGGAAACAAGCUAGACUCCCUUUUCCUAACAAGGCUAGUAGAGCUAUAGAAAAGAUGCAGUUGAUCCAUAGUGAUAUCUGUGGAUCUAUGAAAGUGUUCUCCUUAAAUGAGAGCAAAUAUUUUCUGAUUUUCAUUGAUGACUUCAGCCGGAUGUGCUGGGUAUAUUUUAUCAAACAAAAGUCAGAAGUAUUUGGAGUAUUUGUUAGAUUUAAAGCCUUGGUUGAAAAUGAGAGUGGCAACACCAUUAAGGCUUUCAGAACUGACAAUGGUGCAAAAUAUACAUCGAAUCAAUUGGUGGAGUUUCUCCAAAAGUCAGGCAUACACCAUCAGCUCACAGUCACUUACACCCCUCAACAAAAUGCAACUCUCAACUGAAGCACUUGACAACAAGACUCCUUUUGAAGCUUGGUUUGGGAUAAAACCAAAAAUUGAUG